AUGGUCAAGGGGGGGCUGGAGUCUUCGAUCAAGAAAUGGCGACCGGACAACAUGGUCGCACUUAUGGACGCGCCUAAGCUUGAGGACUUUGGGACGCAAAGGAUGCCCUCCUCCAUCACAUUGCCUACCCAGCAAACUCGCCAGCCCGACCAACAGAAGCACGCACAUGGCCUCAUGGCAACCCUCAAGAAGCCCUUCCAGGGCUGGUCGAAGGAUCUCCUUCGCGCACGCGACGAUGACGACGACGAUUACAACUUUGCGAGCGGCAUGCGUCGCGGCGCUCACUUAUACUACGAGCCUGAGAAGGACGCCUAG